CCCUUCUCCUCCUCUCAUAGUCAGGAGCUACUUAUCCCCUCCAAUUCUCCAUCUUGUUGGAAAAAAAUAUCCACAGCUUCCCCACACGCCUCACCCACCUCUGGAGAUCCGAUCAUCCAUGCAUGGCUGCUUCUCCCCUGCGCCUCCUCGCCAUCGGCGCCGCUGCUGUACCUUUCAUGCGUGGUAGCCGCCACCCGCGAGGACGACGAGCCGACGCCGUGUCUAGGCCGCCGAGAUCAUCGUCCUUCCUCUGCCAAAGCAGUUCGCCGAGCGAGCCGCCGGGAUCGCCGGCCGGUGGCGGCGGCGGCGGCGGCGGCGGAGGAGGAGGAGGAGGAGGAGGGAAGAAGAGCGCGUGGUGGGCCGCCGCCAUGGCCGAGAGGGUGUUCGGCGACGCGGCGAAGGCCGGGAGGGCGGUGCGGGAGAGCCUGAGCCCCAAGCAGAAGGGGGACUGGAAGGACGUCACGCUCAUGAGCUUCUCCUUCGCCGUCUACGUCUACAUCUCUCAGAAGAUCGUGUGCACAUAUUGCGCCUGGAUCUCCAUGAUCAAUCACUAGCUAGACACAGUAUAUCUUUCCAGUAGUUGCAUAUACUCCUAUAUAUGAACAUAUAUACUGUAAGUUUCUGUAGUGGCAAUAAAACUGACGCUUGUUUGGUGUUAAACAUGAUUCAGAAUUCGAGUAUUGCAAU